AUGGAAGGUGGAGUACCGCAGCUGUUCGAUGUCCUAUUCAAUUUCCUUGCUCGUAAGACCGAUUUCUAUACAGGCGCUGGUAUCGAUAGUGCUAAACAGCUUGUGUUGCUAGCAUUUGAUAAGCACAGUGCUGAUGCUAAAAAGAAAGCUGAAGAAGCGCGAAAGAAGAGGGAGGAAGAACAGAAACGUUUAGAGAAACGACGUGCUGCACAAAAAGCUCGUGAGGAAGCUGAAUUGAAUGAACCAAGAAUAAAAGAAUUGACCGAUGAAGAGGCACAAAAAUUGGAGAACGAAAAGAAGAAAUUAGAAGAGAAGGAAUCUGGUGAUAAACCGAAGGAUGAGAAGAAGGAUAAUGAUGAGGAAGAGGAUGAAGAAGAUAAGGGUAAACUGAAACCAAAUGCUGGAAACGGUUGCGAUUUGGAGCAUUAUCAGUGGACUCAAACUCUCAGUGAAGUCGAGGUGCGUGUACCGUUUCGUUUGGGAUUUGCACUGAAAGCCAGAGAUUGUAUCGUUGAUAUUGGUAAACAGUCAAUCAAAGUCGGUGUAAAAGGGCAUGAACCGGUGUUGAAUGGUACAUUAAGAUCUGAGAUCAGAACUGAAAGUGCUACUUGGAUUCUGGAGGAUAAAAAAACUGUUGUAAUCAACUUCGAAAAGAUGAAUGGAAUGGAAUGGUGGAAUAAACUGGUACAGACUGAUCCAGAGAUAAACACAAAAAAAGUUCAGCCUGAGAACUCAAAACUUUCCGACCUGGAUGGUGAGACUAGACAAAUGGUUGAAAAGAUGAUGUACGACCAACGUCAAAAAGAAUUGGGUUUGCCCACUUCUGAGGAGAAGAAGAAACAGGAUGUCUUGAAGAAGUUUAUGGAACAACAUCCUGAAAUGGAUUUUUCACAAGCGAAAUUCUCGUGA